CUGCAAACAGUCUCGAAAGAUGCAAUGAAUAUGUCGAAUAUCAAAAGGAUAUCGUGUAUGGUUGAUGGUCACCGAACGUAUAGUUGCCUACGAGAUGAUGACGAUGUGUAUUUUCCGUUUGAAAAAUUUCUGAAGAAACAAUAUGAUGUGACCGGGAAACUAACUAAAGAUAAGGGAAACAAGGAGGAUCAUUUCGAAUGGUCGACGUCCACGUCGAGAGUUCGCUUUCCGGAUGAAGGUGAAUACGAUCCGGUUGGAACGUUUGGACAUUUCGCUUCGUAUAGUGUCGAGAGUCGAGAUCGUGUGCGAUGUAUCAGUGCGCAGUAUGGUGUUCCGUUGUCAACGCAGUGGUCAUCAAAGCCGUAUUUCUAUCCGAUUCAAAUAGCGCAAUACGCCUUACAACAUUACAGCCGAAACCGAACAGGUAUUCAAUGA